AUGGCUGAUGUGCUUAAACAUCUUGUCUUGAAGGUUAUAUUUAAUGAUAUACCGACAUAUGAUUCAUCGUUAUUUAUGCAAGAACUACAAUGGAAAUGGAAGGGACAGUGGCAAGUGAAUUUUAAUCAACUCAUGAACCACCUCAGAAUGAUAAUGCAAGGGUAUGAAAACGAGGAAACACGACACUUACUUAAAGAAAUGAGGGUAAUGUUUCGCGAAAUUACUGGGCCAGAUCUUCACAUGAAUCACCUCAACAUUAUUAUGCUAGAGUAUGAAAAUGAGGAGGCUAACAAAAUGAUAAGGUUUGGAAUUGGAGAUGAAAGGAAGGACAAGAUCUUAAAGAUUAUUGAGGAACUCUGUGUAAUCAGAUUUGGAUCGAACGUAGAAGGAGAAGAAACUGUUGUGGGCUUUGAUGAUGAAGUAGAAACAUUGCUUGAUCAACUUACUCAAACUUCCAUAAAGGAGUUGCAGGUUAUAUCAGUUGCAGGAAUGGCUGGGCUUGGUAAGACGACUUUGGCUAGAAAACUAUACAGGGAUCCACUAAUUGAAUAUCACUUUGACAUUCGAGCAUGGACUUGUGUUUCUCAGAUAUAUGUAAAGAGGGAUUUGUUACUUGGCAUAUUAAGCUCUUUUGUUUAUGAUCUUACAGAGGAGAUCCAUAAAAUGAGCGAUGAACAAUUGGGGGAAAAGCUAUACAGACUUUUAAAGGGUCGUAGAUAUCUAGUGGUGUUGGAUGAUAUCUGGGAUUGUAUGGCAUGGAAUGAUCUCAAAAUUUAUUUGCCAGAUGACAAAGUUGGAAGCCGAGUUGUAUUUACUAGCCGUGACAUAGAUAUUAGCUUACAUGUAGGGGCAGCAAGACCUGCUCAUGUUUUGCGUCUUCGUACUGCAGAUGAAAGUUGGAACAUAUUUCAGAACAACGUAUUUAGAAUUGGAAUAUGCCAUUCUGAUUUAAAGAAAGUUGGAAGGGAGAUCGCAGAAAAAUGUGAAGGUUUGCCUCUUGCCAUAGUUAUAGCUGCAGGUCUUGUGAAAAAUCGAUUGUCAUUUAAUUGGUGGUCAGAAAUUGCUGGUAGUCUACAUUCAUUUAUGGUCCGUGAUCCAAACCAAUACAUGGACACACUAGCUUUAAGCUACAACCAUCUGCCUUCUCACCUAAAAUCGUGUUUUCUCUUUCUUGGUGUAUUUCCUGAGGACUAUGAGAUCCCCGUGACGAAGUUGAUCUGGCUAUGGAUUUCUCAAGGAUUCAUACAAGAAAGUGGAAACAGAAUCUUGGAAGAUGUUGCACAUGAUUUCCUGAUGGAUCUAAUCAAGAGAAGUCUCCUAAUGACUACCAAACAAAGGGCUGAUGGCCAAAUCAAAGCAUGCCGCAUCCAUGACUUGUUGCGUGAUUUAUGCUUAAGGAAAGCGGAGGAAGAAAGUUUUUCUCAAGAAAUCUACAGGUAUGCUCAUGUUUCGGCAUCUUCAGAUGCCAUCACAAAUAUGUUACAAGGAAUGUCAUCAAAUCCUGCUGCAUUAACCACCCACUCAGGGUUGUGUUAUCCUUUUGAGUUUGGGAAAGCGCUUCAAGAGGGUGUAUUACUUUUUAGUGAAGCAUACAAAUCCCUUCGGAUUCUAGAUAUUGAGUCAAUUCAUGUGUCCUUAUUUCCUUCCUUUGUAAUACAACUUGGUAAUCUAAGAUACUUGUCCGUUCAAGCCCAUGAUGGAAGUCCUCACGCAUCAAUAUCAAAGCUUGUCAACCUCCAAAUGCUGAUAAUAUUGUCGAAGAAGAAUAUUGUUGUACCAAAAUCCAUAUGGAAUAUGGUAAAUCUAAGGCACCUUUAUAUCAAAUCAGGGGAAAAUCUUAUGGAGGAGCCUAGUUUAGUACAAGCAACGGAGAAUGAUGAUGGUGGCAGUAGGCUGGGUAGCCUGCAAACCUUGUCCCAAGUAAGUCCUCACUCUUGCCACAACAUAUUUUCUAGGACUCCCAAUCUUAGAAAGCUUGGGUUUUGUGGACCUUUAAUAUCAAGCCUAGGCGAUUUGGAAUUUCCAAAUACAAGCUCUUUGCAGAAUCUGCAAAACUUGAGGUUAUUAAACACGGUCACCUAUCCUGAACCAACAAGGUCUUGCAAUCCUAUUAUGUUCCCUGAAAUGCUCAAGAAACUUACUUUGUCAAACAUUGGCAUGGAUUGGGAAGAGAUGUGGAGCUUCUCCUUGCUGCCUAACCUGGAGGUUUUUAAAUUAAAAUUCCAUGCAUGCAUUGGAGAAAGAUGGGAGACAAGCGAUGCAGUGUUUGGACGACUUAAGAUAUUGAAAUUGCAGGGAUUGGGGUUAAGGGAAUGGGAAUGUUCAAAGGAUAACUUCCCCUGUCUACAACGUUUAGUGGUUCAUCAUUGCUUAAAACUCAAGAGUAUCCCACUGGAAGUAGGCAGGAUCUUGACAUUGGAGGUGAUUGAGAAAUUUGAUGAAAAUUUGACAUUCCAGGAUGAAGAUAACUCGACUGGUUUGGGUUUCCAAAUGACUAAUCCUGCUUAUGUCAUAUUCUGUGGACGUUAUAUACGAACUAAAUAA